AUGUCCAUUAUAAAACCAAGAAAAAUUCAAAUGUAUGCUGGUGAACCAGCAAAAUAUAUGGGGAGUGGUGUUGAUAUUUCUGAAUUUUGUGAACUUUAUAAAGAAACUUAUAAAGACUUAAUCAAGAAAGAACAACAAGCCAGAAUUAAGGCUGAAAAUGAUUUAGUCCAAGAACAAAACAAAGUCAAGCAAGCAAAAUCAAUCUCCCUUAUUCAGUUAAAUCAAGCCCAAUUAAAGAAAAUCAAUCUCUUAUUUGACCCCGAAGCCAAAUAUUUUACUGAACCCAUUGAUUUUAAUGGCUUAUAUUCUCUAUUAGAAAAGAUUAAGCAAAAAGAGACUGAAUUAACUACUCAAUUAACUUCUCUCCAAUCGGAAAAAAAUUUAUUUAUGAAUGAAAAAGCAGAAAUUAUUAAAGGAUUGGAAGAGAAAAUUAAAGAAUUAGAGUUGGAGGCCGAGAAAAAGCAAAAAGAGUGA